UUAUGUCACUUAUGGUUCAUUUUGUAAACAACACGUUUUGGAAAUGUUGACUCCAAUUGAACCAUAUUAAGAAUAUUCACACACAAUUAAAAUGCCUAUGCAGAAGAAAAAGUUCCAAUCCGGAGAGGGUGCUCGAUAUGUUACCAGGCGAGCAGCGCUGAACAAACUUCAGUUGUCAUUGAAAGAUUUUCGGACGUUAUGUAUAAUCAAAGGAAUUUAUCCGAGAGAACCGGCUCAUCGACGCAAAGCGCAAAAAGGAAAAAGUGGUAUUCAUAUUCUGUAUUUGAAAAAAGACAUAUUAUUUUUGUUACAUGAACCAAUGAUAUGGAAAUUACGUGAUCUUCAGGUCCACCUAAAUAGAUUACGUAGAGCAAAAGGCAUGCAUCAAAAAGAUUUAAUAAAACGAUAUGCAAAUACUAUUCCAAGAGUCUCCAUUGAUCAUGUAGUGAAAGAACGAUACCCAACAUUCAUUGAUGCAUUACGUGAUAUGGACGAUGCUCUAACCCUUUGCUGUUUAUUUUCAACUUUUCCAAAAUUAAAAAGCAUUCCUCCAAAUUUAAUUGCUUUAUGUCGUCGUCUUACAGUUGAGUUUAUGCAUGUAUGCAUUGCUGCACGUGCUUUACGCAAAGUAUUUAUAUCUAUUAAAGGCAUUUAUUUUCAAGUUGAAAUAAAAGGUCAAACCAUUACUUGGGUUAUUCCUCAUAAUUAUCCACAUGAACCACAAAAAAAGCAAGAAGUUGAUUUCUAUACUAUGGCUACUUUUGCAGAUUUUUAUUCAACAGCUUUAGGUUUUGUUAAUUUCCGUCUAUAUAACAAUUUAAACUUGUACUACCCUCCUCGACUUGGCACAUAUAAUGCUGAGAAACUUGAAGAAGAAAUUUUGGAAGAAAAUGAAACAAGUGAUCGAGUAGCUGCCUUAAAUUUACCAUUACUGAAAACUGCAGAAGGUGUUGAAGACCCAUCUGAAUCUGAAUUAGAUUUGGAUACUUUUGUCAUUGAUGGCGAUGAAGCUAAAGCUGAAGAAGCACGUAAAGAAUAUGAAAAAGUGAGAAAAUUAAAGAAAUUAUUUGAAGGCCUUAAAGUUUUCUUAAAUAGAGAAGUACCUAGAGAGCCUUUAGUAUUUGCCCUUCGAUGUUUUGGUGCUCAAGUGUCUUGGGAUGAGACCACUUUCCCUGAAGGUGCUACAUUUGCCGAGACUGAUGAAACUAUUACUCAUCAAAUAGUGGACAGACCUGACCUCAAUAAACAAUAUAUCUCAAGAUAUUAUAUUCAACCACAAUGGGUGUUUGAUUGUGUUAAUGCACGAGAGCUUUUACCAGUAGAAAAAUAUUUUAUUGGUACAACAUUACCUCCUCAUUUAUCUCCAUUCACUGUUGAAUACCGUACACAACGUUAUGUGCCACCAGAAGAAAAAGCUUUAACUGACCCAACUGUAAUAGUUAACAAAGAUCAAGAAUUAUUGGAUGAAAUUUCCGAUAAUGAAAUUGAAGACAUUGAAGAUGACAAAAAAGAAUCUGAAGACGAAACAAUGGAUGCUGAUGAUGAGGAUCUAGAUGAAUUCGAUGGUGAAAUGACUGAAGAAAAAUUGGCUGCAAUUAAACGAAAACAAAUGAAAGUAGAAUCUGGCACACCAGAAUUCAUAAACAAAGGGAAAUUACGACGUGAAAAUCAUCAAAUGCAACUUCUUAAAGAGAAAAUGAUUCAAAAGAAGUACAGAAAUCUUUAUAAAAGCAUGAAAUCUGGUCGUAUGAAGAGAGAAAAGGAAAUUAAAUUACUCAAGUACAAAAGACGUAUUCAUGAGAGGACAAAUUUGGAAACUAAACGUGCUGAGAUAAGAGCAAGAAGAGCACAAGCAGCAACAUUAAUGUAAAUGUUAUAUUAUUUUUUAAUUUAAAAUUUGAUUAAUUUUUGAUUAUGU